GCUGUCUGUGUACUUCCGGCAGCCUCCAGAAGAUUUCUUCUGCUUCCCGUACCACCCGGUUCAAAUAGCGGAUACGGAACCGGGGACUAUCAGCCCAUCGGCCUCCGGGCCCUGCAGUCUCUAGCCAUGGACCGGGACCUUCUGCGGCAGUCGCUAAAUUGCCACGGGUCGUCUUUGCUCUCUCUGCUUCGGAGCGAACAGCAGGACAAUCCACACUUCCGGAGCCUCCUGGGGUCGGCCGCCGAGCCAGCCCGGGGCCCGCCGCCCCAGCAGCCGUUGCAGGGCAGAAAAGAGAAGAGAGUUGACAACAUCGAGAUACAGAAAUUCAUCUCCAAAAAAGCGGAUCUGCUUUUUGCACUUUCCUGGAAAUCAGAUGCACCUGCAACUUCUGAAAUUAAUGAAGACAGUGAAGAUCAUUAUGCAGUCAUGCCACCUUUAGAGCAAUUCAUGGAGAUACCUAGUGUGGAUCGGAGAGAGCUGUUUUUCCGAGAUAUUGAGCGUGGUGAUAUAGUGAUUGGAAGAAUUAGUUCUAUUCGGGAAUUUGGUUUUUUCAUGGUGUUGAUCUGUUUAGGAAGUGGUAUCAUGAGAGAUAUAACCCACUUAGAAAUCACAGCUCUUUGUCCCUUAAGAGAUGUGCCUUCUCACAGUAACCAUGGGGAUCCUUUAUCAUAUUACCAAACUGGUGACAUCAUUCGAGCUGGAAUCAAGGAUAUUGACAGAUACCAUGAAAAGCUAGCGGUAUCUCUGUAUAGCUCUUCUCUUCCACCACACCUAUCUGGUAUUAAAUUAGGUGUAAUUAGCUCUGAAGAGCUUCCUUUAUACUACAGGAGAAGUGUUGAACUAACUAGUAAUUCUUUGGAGUCCUAUGAAAAUAUCAUGCAGAGUUCCUUGGGAUUUGUUAAUCCAGGAGUAGUUGAAUUCCUUCUAGAAAAACUAGGAAUAGAUGAAUCUAAUCCGCCAUCUUUAAUGAGAGGCCUACAAAGCAAAAAUUUCUCUGAAGAUGAUUUUGCUUCUGCAUUGAGAAAAAAACAAUCUGCGUCUUGGGCUUUAAAAUGUGUGAAGAUCGGAGUUGACUAUUUUAAAGUUGGACGCCAUGUGGAUGCUAUGAAUGAAUACAAUAAAGCUUUGGAAAUAGACAAACAAAACGUGGAAGCUUUGGUAGCUCGUGGAGCAUUAUACGCGACAAAAGGAAGUUUGAACAAAGCAAUAGAAGAUUUUGAGCUUGCGUUAGAAAACUGUCCAACUCACAGAAAUGCAAGAAAAUACCUCUGCCAGACACUUGUAGAGAGAGGAGGACAGUUAGAAGAAGAAGAAAAGUUUUUAAAUGCUGAAAGUUACUAUAAGAAAGCUUUGGCUUUGGAUGAGACUUUUAAAGAUGCAGAGGAUGCUUUGCAGAAACUUCAUAAAUAUAUGCAGAAAUCUUUGGAAUUAAGAGAAAAACAAGCUGAAAAGGAAGAAAAGCAGAAAACAAAGAAAAUAGAAACAAGUGCAGAAAAGUUGCGUAAGCUCUUAAAAGAAGAGAAGAGGCUAAAGAAGAAAAGAAGAAAAUCAACUUCUUCUUCUUCUUCAAGUGUUUCUUCUGCUGAUGAAUCAGUGUCUUCAUCAUCAUCCUCUUCCUCUUCUGGUCACAAAAGGCAUAAGAAACAUAAGAGGAACCGUUCAGAGUCUUCUCGCAGUUCCAGAAGGCAUUCAUCUAGGGCAUCCUCAAAUCAGAUAGAUGAGAAUAGGAAAGAUGAGUGCUACCCAGUUCCAGCUAAUACUUCAGCAUCUUUUCUUAACCAUAAACAAGAAGUGGAGAAACUACUGGGGAAGCAGGAUAGGUUACAGUAUGAAAAGACACAGAUAAAAGAGAAAGAUAGAUGCCCUCUCUCUUCAUCUUCACUUGAAAUACCGGAUGAUUUUGGAGGUAGGUCUGAAGAUCCAAGAGAUUUUUAUAAUAGCUAUAAAACCCAAGCAGGUAGUAGCAAAACAGAAAAGCCAUAUAAAUCAGAAAGACAUUUUUCCAGUAGAAGAAAUUCCUCAGAUUCCUUCUGUAGGAAUUCAGAGGACAAGAUUUAUGGUUAUAGGAGAUUUGAAAAGGAUAUAGAGGGAAGAAAAGAGUACUAUAGAAGGUGGGAACCAGGUUCUGUGAGGCAUUCUACCUCACCAGCAAGCUCAGACUACUCUUGGAAGUCAGUUGAGAAAUACAAAAAAUAUGCUCACUCUGGAUCACGUGAUUUCAGUAGACAUGAGCAAAGAUACCGUUUAAAUACAAAUCAAGGAGAAUAUGAAAGAGAGGACAAUUAUGGGGAGGAUAUCAAAACAGAGGUUCCAGAAGAAGAUGCACUAAGUAGCAAAGAACACUCAGAAAGCAGUGUUAAAAAAAAUUUACCUCAGAAUUUACUGAAUAUAUUUAAUCAGAUAGCUGAAUUUGAAAAAGAAAAAGGAAAUAAGUCAAAAACUUAAUACACCAAGGAUAUUGGCACCAUUACACAAAAUGCCAUUAAGUGAAGUUUUUGGUUGUAUUAGUCAUAACAGUUCAGUGCAGAAAUCUCUGCUCCUAAAGUUAUUUGUAGAGUUUACAGGAAACAAAUGCUUUUAAGCUUUUCUCAAAUUUUGUUUCAGUUGUAGGUCCCUUGUCACAGCUUGGUUUUUAGACUUUAUAUGUUUAUGUACAGUAUAUUACUCUUGACAGUUUGAAUUUCUUCACCUAAAGAUAAUUCUCUGAAAGUACUGUUUCUUCAUUCUAUUGCGGUAUAUGAGAAUUCCUGGGUGCAUCUUAUUCUGCUGUUUGAGAGAAAAAUUUGUGCAUUGAACACUUGGAUCAUUUUUAUAAAAAUUGAUUUCAUUUUCUUUUCUGUUAAAUUAAAAAUCGUCAGCUUUUGAAAGAUUAUA